CGUCUAUUAAUUAUAAGGUGAAAAAGAAGGGAUUUGAGUUAGGCAUUAGCUGUUAUUGGCAUGAAUUUAACUUUUAGUGACUUUAUUGAUUUACGAAUUCGACAGCCUUACAAAAGAGAUGAAUUGACAAAGUUUGUUCAAGACAUUGAGCAACUGCAGCUCCCAGAUUUUGACUCAUUGCCUGAAAUUACAGAAGAGGAAAAACAAAUUAUACGGGAAGAUUUCGAGUACAAAAAAGCAAGAAUUGGAUUAGAAGAUGCUUGGCUAGAAGCGUCAGAGGCUGAAGAGCCAGUGCCAAUUCUCAGAGAUACGGUAGUUAUUUUGAUGGAAGUUAAGGAUUUCAUUAAGAAAGUUAAAGAUGAUACUUCGGAUGAUAACAUAUUUGCUUUGGAAAAAGAUUGGCAUCGAUUGUCAACUAAAGAAGACCAGGCUGGAAUCUUGCCAAACUGUAUCCUCAGUAUGACAGAAAUACUUUUUACAGAAAAAAAGGAGAGUGCUCAGCAAAAGCUAAAAGAAAUCAUUCGUGAAAGACUGAAACUUGAUUUCGAAUGGCCUUCUCUAGACGGUAACAAGUAUGCAGUAUCGGUAUACAAAAGCUUCGUCGACUAUCUUCGAUCCGUCAAUGCUUUUUCAAAUGGAAAUUCUGGACAUCCUUUAUUCUUGGAAGUUUUUGUUGAACCCUAUGCAAAUCAGUUUCGCUAUCAUUUCAUGUCCAAAAGACAAACAAAUUUAAUCUCAAAGCCAGAGUGGUUUUAUGAAUAUCUCUUAAAAACUUUUCGUUCUUUGAGAGCUUUUUUCUUAAAUCUCAGAAAAUGUGAAGCUGACUCUUUUUUUUUUCUAUUCUCUGACUUUAUCCUUAUGCUUAAUGACCUUGUCAAAGAGAAGCUUUCUCACAUUGCAAAAUAUGAUGAUUAUUUAGUUCACCUAACUCACGAAACCCUUCAUUAUACAGUACACUUAAAACAAUAUUUUGGUUCAGAUCAUGAUUACUUGAUUGAUUUUCUGUUUUGUCAGCCUUCUAUUUAUGAUAAGUGGCUCAACCUUGAAGCUCAGCAAAUGAAUGCAAAAUUAAAUGAUAUAAAAUCGUCCAAAGAUGCUUGGGAUAUGGCGGUUGAUCAGGCUAAUGACUAUAACUUUACGGUUCCAACAAAGACUACUAUUCGUUUUCGAGACAUGAUGGAAUCAACGUAUGCUACACUCCGGCUGUUACCUUCUUUUAAGUAUAAAAGGGAUUUUUUUGAAAAGGUUCAAUUGGAACCGUUGCAACAGUACGUUCAGUGGCUUCAGUCUUUCUAUGAGGCACAUGAGAGCUCCCAAAGUGAAGCAUUACCUGGAUCAUUACAACUAGGCCGUCAAAAUGAAACUACUGAAGUAGAACGUAUGUGCAAAUUGUAUAGCAAUUUUCAUCUCUUAAAAAAUUGGAUCGAUGAUUAUGAAGAUGAAGAAAUAUAUAUUGAGAUUGGGAGUCAUUAUGGUCAUAAAGAACAUUCUGCCUUUUUCGUCAUGAAGAAUAGAAUCGAUGUUUUGAAGAAAGGAUCAUUCCGACUCAUUUUACGUGCAGCAAUUCAGAUGCUGCAGCCUUUGGUUAAUGACUACGCUGACAUCGAUACGUGGGUAAUAAAGGAACAACCAUUAAAUGUUGAUAUUGCUACAUCUCCCGUAUCCUCAGAGAUACUGAAAAUUCAAAGUUCUUUAAGGAACCUUAUAAGAACGUUAGAAAGUCUUCUUUCCGGUGCCUCGUUGCGUGAGGUUAUAUAUCAAUUAGGAAUAAUUGUCGGAAACUGGUUUGUUAAAAUCAUAAUGUCCCAUCAAUUUAGUCUCCGCGGUGGUAUACAGUACACAAGAGAUAUAAUGCAGAUUCUAUUGGAAUUUUCAUACUAUCCAUUACUAACUUUUAAGAAAUUGACAUCAUCUAUUGAACUGCUGUCAUUGGAUCUGGGCAAAGAAAUGACCAUUAGAAGUUUUAUAAAAGCGAUUAAGGAUGAUAAUCAUCAAGUUGUUGACCAAGUAUUGAAAGAAAAAGGGAUUGAGCUUCAAUAUUCAGAAGUGCUUGAUGUUUUAUAUCGACGAGUAGAGGCAUGGAAGGAUUAGAGUAAUCCUAAAUUAUUAUAAAUUACUUAUUACCUCUAGGGAGUAGAAGUGGCCUUUAAGCGCAUUUUGUGCAGAAAAGAAGGAUUGUACUCAUAGUGUAUACCAUUACCAGGUGAACGACGAAAUGGUAAAAACCAGUCAUACCAAUGAUCGCCCAUUACAGAUCUCCAGUUUUUUGAAUACCCCAAAUCCCAAGGAAGGUCGCCCGGAUCGCUUUGUACAUGAACACGACUGGUCAUUUGCUCUGGAAAAAACACACUAAAGUGAUAAACCUUCGACUUCCACUUUCUUCCUUCAUGGCUAUUCAUGUUUAAUAGUAGAAAAACAGUCUGUCGAAGUAAUAAAGCACCCAUGAAAAGAACGCCAAAGCCAGAACUAAUUAUGUUAAAUACGAAGGUACAAAGUUUGUGAAAACAUACGAUAUUAAAACAAAGAUCCAAGUUCCAGGAAGGCUUCGAUAUUCUCCUUUACGAGCGUACAUUAUUGCAGUGCUAAUCAAGACAAAAAGAGAUGCAAUGGUUCCAUAAAAUAGAAAUUGAUAGAAGAAUUUGUGAUUGCUAAAACAAAUAUCUUUACCAACGCUAUUACCAUUAUUAGCUAGAAGG